GUGGGUUUAGGGGGUUCGCGGUGCCCCUCUGGGGACCGAGCGGCGAUGUCGGGGUUGGUGGGCCACGGAGAGACGCAGCGAGUCGGGGGCAUCCUUCUCAAGGUGAAGGAGGACCUGGUGAAGCUCAGGGACGGGCUGACUCACAUCCGCAUCCAUGGCGACGGAGAGGUCAUCGACAUUCAGGCCCUGGAUUCGGCCAUCCUGAAGACGGAGACGAGAAUCCAGUGCUACGCGGAACAGUGCCUGGACUCGCUCAACAGCCAGGUGCUCACGCUGCCUUCGCUCGACGAGACGGGCACGCAACGCGAGGCUUUCAUCCAAAGCGACCCCCUGAGCGAGGCCCUGAGGACUCUACGGAAGCCGUCAACGGGACGGGAGGGUCGCGCGCUGGAGUCGCACAGCUCGCCCGGAAUCCGCCUGCGGCAGGCGAUGGAGGCGAGGAUUCUGUCGGACCCCGAGAACCCCCAGAACAGACCGCUGUUGUGGGACACGUACGGCAUCCAGUUGCCCACCGUGCGGAGGCGCGAGGCUCAGCUUCUUCCCGGGAGGCUUCUGAAGAGGGGGAUUCCUGAGCCCCUCUCUGGCCGCCCGCCCCUCCACAGAGGGCCCAUCUCUCUGCCUCUGCCUCCCAUCCCUGAUAAGGAUGGCCGAGGAGGCGGCGAACACCUGGGAGGGCCGCGUUUGGAAGCGUCGCGGACGCAGCCGCCCCAGGGCAGCUCAUCGGCUCCCCUGUCGACGUCGCGCCGAGGCCAGCGAUUGGCUCGCGCGAGGACUCAAGCGUCGUCCUGGGAACUGGCGCCAGCGGAGCCGUCGCGAUCGCAGCUGCAGCCCACUACUCCGGCCUCGGAGCAGUGGCACCGGCUGGUUCUACGUGACGGCCGCGUGGAUGAGACCGCCGGAGACUUUUCCGAAUUCCGGAAGCUUCAGCGCACGGCGUGGGGGCCCAUCUCGUCGACACUCCGCGGCAUGGAGGGCCUGCUCGCCGCCGUCGCAACCACCACCGUCGCCCCAGCCACCGCCGCCGCCUCCACGUCGUCUGCCUCGCGAGCCGGUCUGGUGGUGGUGCUGCGCGGGGAGCGCGUGGCCCAGGUGGCACAGGAGCUGGAGCUGGGGCUGCAGAGGCGCAGGGUGACGGAGCGUGAUCUGCUGUUCGCGGCCGAAAAUCCGGACUCACUCUUGCCCCUGCUGGCGCGAGGGUUCAGGAGCCCGGGCGGGCACGACCGGGCGGCCACGCGCAUCCAGGCGAGCUGGCGCGCGUUCCUCGCCCGCCGUGACUUCGAGCGCCACCGGCGCCGGCGCUGGGCGGCGGGCGUGAUCGCCGUCGCGUGGAUGCUGCGUGCGCAGCGCGGCCGCGUCCGCCGCUCGCUCGCCCAGAGGCGGCAAGCGCAGCUCGAGAACUUCCGCACACGUGCGCAGUAUCUCGCAGAAAACUGGAAACGCAUCCAGAGUUCAAGAAGGACCAUCAUCCACAUCCCAUCUCUGGGUUACUCCAAGCACCUCCGUCGUCGCCUCAAACACUUUGAUGUCCUGCAGAACCUGCAGAUGGGCCGGCUCUGUGACAUCAAAGAUCCCAAUGUGGACGUGAUCUACGUGAGCCCCGUGCCGCUGAGCGACGAGGUCCUGCACUACUAUGAGCGGCUGCUGGGGCUGUCGGCAUCCGGAGGGGACGGGGCGGGCCGCUACACCAUCAUCGUCCCUGACGCUGUGGUCCGCUUUCCCCAGCUGCCCCUGUCCCUGGCGAGCCUGCUGGAGUACAGCCCCGGCACGUUGCGGCGCAUCCGCGCGCUGGUGAGCGGCCGCGAAGCCUACGUGGUCCCGGGCGGCACCGGCGAGGCCGACCUGGCGGUGGCGGACGAGCUGGGCCUACCCGCGCUGGCGCCCGAGCCCACCGUCGCCCGCCUCUGUGGCUCCAAGUCGGAGGCCCGACGCAUCUUCUCCAGCGCCGGCGUGUUCACGCCGCCCGGCGAGGAGCACAUCCGGUCGAUGCCGCAGCUAGUGGAGAGCCUGUCGCGGCUCAUGGCCGCCCACGCUGGUGUGCGGUGCUGGCUGCUCAAGACGGAGGAGGGCCCGGGUGGACGCGGCACGGCAAGCUGCCCCGUGGCCCAGCAUCUGCCCUGCCACCGCUGGGUGCUGAGCGAGAGCCGGCGCUACGGCUCCGAGCAGUGGAGGCAUCGCUGGGCACGGGAUGCGGCGGUGGCCAGGAUUGCUCAGGAGCUGCCGGAGUUUCUGGAGACGCGCUGCGAGCUCGCGAGCAACGACCUCUACCCCGACUGGGCCUCCUUCAUCCAGGCCUUCCUCUGCCACGGAGGUGUGAUCGAGGCUUGCCCGCCGGGCGACAGCCUCACCUGCCUGACGGUGGACCUGCUGCUGGAGCCGACGGGGGACGUGGCGGUGCAGGCGUGGGGCGACCAGCUCGGUGGGCGCCCCGCCACCCCGGCGCUGCGCUGCUGGGGCUCGUCGCUCCCGCAGAGCUCCGUGGAGCCGGGCGCCCUCCACGAGCUGGCGCGCCGCGUGGCGCAGGCGUGCUGCGGGCACGGCUUCGUCGGGCACCUGUCGGUCGACUUCGUCACCUUCAUCGACCCCGAGAGCCUCCAGCAACAGGUUUGGGCGUUGGACCUGGACGUGGGUUACAGCGAUCAGCUGGCCAUGACGCGCCUCAUGGAGUUCGUGACGGGCGGAGCGCUGGAUUGGCGCGACAGCAUCUUCUCUGUGCCGUCGGAGCCAACCCCGGAGUCCGGCGCAAUGCCUCUACAUGGGGACAGAGCCAAGAGGUCCCGUCCAGCGAGCAGACGCUACGCAGUGACGAGCACCCAGCUGGCGCACUCAAACCUGGCGCUGCUGCACUACAGCGUCUUCUUCAAGAUGUGCCGUGCGCACGGCAUCGGCUUCGACGUCAAGGAGCGGCAGGGAACCGUCUUCACCCUCAUCCACGGGCAGCGACGUGAGCGGCUCGGGAUGAUGGUGAUCAUGGACGAUCUCCAGGUUGCGCUGAUGACUUUUGCUCAAAACCUCGCACUCAUCCACCAGCAGAUCUCCUCCGCCGAUAUGCAAGGGGAGACGAAUUUUAAGGAAGCUGUGCAGGAAAUUGAGUCAAUUCUGGGCAUCACGGUGCAGAACUGGGACAGAGAGGAAAAGGAGCGGGAAAGUGGUGGCCAGCUUGCUGACCACACGAAGGCCACCACCACCGCCAAUGCCACCGCUGCUGUCACAGAGGCCCUGUGAGCCAUCGGUUGAGGAUGCGAAGGCGGACAGAGAGGGAAAUGCUUUGUCAAGAAAAGCAUGCCCUCAGCUGGCUAAGCGCUGACCUCCUAUGAGCAAAGGCCUAAUGAAAGAUGGGGCAAUGGGCAGCGACGUAUGUGGAAAGGGAUUAUAGUGAAAUACUUGUACUGCGCCGCCACUCGCUAUUUAAUCCCAAGUGCCAGAGGGGUUUGUUUAGCUCCAUGAUUGUGCAUUGACGAUUUGGCCAUUUAUCUACAGUAUGUGCCAAAUGUGUAUGUGUCUGAUUUUUACAAAUGGUGAAUGUUUCUUUUUCAAGUAUUUUUAAUUACAUUUAGAAAUAGGAAUUAUGGUUUUAAAAAUCUGCUAAACAACAUGUCACGUCGUUUAUAGAGUAGCCGCUAUACUUUAUUACUUUUUAGUAGUCGUCAGGCUUUUCUACAUGGUAAUUUCACUGUAGGAUCAUUCAUCAUUAUUUGUGAGUUGUUUUCAAUGUAGUACAGGAAGCUUUACAUUUCAUAAGCAGCUGCACUGUUACACAAUAAUACUCACGUGUAAGCACUGUAGCCACCAACGCAUGUGUUUGUAGUGUAUAAUAGCGCAAUGGGGGAGCAGUGGCACAAUGAUUAACACAAUGCAAUGUAAAUCCGUAAACCCAGAGUUUGACUCCUUGACUAACAUCAGUGGCAAGCUAUUACUGAAGCAGUCUUGACCGCCCCCUUCAUCAACCUGCACUGAUCAGCUUGGGAAGAAUUGAUUAUCAAACAACCCCAUGUGAGGAAGCCUUGAUCCAGCAGUGGAUUGACAGAGGGCUGAAUUAUAGUAUUGUUGUGAUACGUCGUAUUUUCACGUUGAUAAAACAAGUAUAUGUUCCCAAAAACUCGUAAGUUUGUUGGUUUGUAGUAUGCGAGUGAACGUUGCCGGAUUGUGGUAUUGUCUGCUGUAAGUGGCGAUAGAAUGUGUAACAACAACAAAAUGUGUUCCUGGGUAGUAAGUGUUAUUUUCUAAUUGCGUAUGCCUCAAAAGUACAGAAAAUAGCUAUUAUUCCCAACAAACUUUGCUUUUGUGACCAGAACACAAAAGCAAAGUUAAUCAUCCACGCCAUUAAUAACACUGUGUAACAACAUUUUUUUUGUUACUGAGUAGUGUUAUUUCCUAAUUGCUUAUGCCUCAAAAGUAUAGAAAAUGUCUAUUAUUCCCCACAAACUUUGCUUUUGUGACCAGGACAGUGAUAUUUUAAAAUGUACCUAUUUUUAAUGAGAAAACGUGUGCAUUUGUGUCAUUCCUUCACAUAAAGUCCUGGUCACAAAAGCAACGUAUGUGGGGAAUAAUAGCCAUUUUCUAUACUUUUUAGACAUAAGCAAUUAAAAAAAUAACACUUACUACCCAGGAACAAAAAUCGUGUUACAUAGUGUUUAAUCAAAAGAUGGAGAUGGAUAAUGUGUUUCUUGUCAUAUGUCGUAUAGCAAUGUCAUAAAGCAUCAGUCGCUGACAUGUCUC